AUGCAGGAAGAACAAGAUGCUCGCCAAGCAAUUGCGAUCGUUGGCAUGUCUGGUAGAUUUCCUGGAGCAGACAAUUUGGAAGACUUCUGGCAUAUCCUCGAGAGAGGUGAGGAUAUGUGCAGAGAGGUCCCGCCCGAUCGUUUUAACAUCCAGUCGCAUUACGACGUAUCGGGAACGAAACGAAACUCUACGCUUACGCGUUAUGGCUGCUUCAUUGAACAUCCAGACCUUUUUGAUCGAAACCUCUUCAAGCUUUCGUCCCGCGAGGCCGCUCAAACAGAUCCCAUUCAUAGGCUUCUGCUAAUGACAGCAUAUGAGUCGUUGGAGAUGGCUGGAAUGUGGCAUGGCAGCCACGCCAGCGCCGAUGAUCCCUUGGUUGGGACAUUUUAUGGUCAAAGCAGCGAUGACUGGCGAGAGGUAAACGCUGGCCAGGACAUUGGUAUCUUUCACACCUCAGGCGGCAUCAGGGCGUUUGGACCAGGCAGACUCAACUAUCAUUUCGGAUGGGAGGGUCCAAGUAUGAGUAUCGAUGCAGCAUGUUCAUCCAGUGCAGUAGCCAUCCAAUUGGCUUGUUCUUCCCUUAAAGCUAAAGAGUGCAACGCUGCUCUGGCUGGAGGCGCUAACAUCAUGACAGCACCUGAUAUGUUCGCGGGGCUAAGUCGAGGAAGGUUUUUGUCCGUAACUGGAUCUUGUAAAACCUGGGACGAGAAUGCAGACGGGUACUGCCGCGCUGAUGCGGUAGGUACUUUGGUUCUCAAACGCCUUGAAGACGCUAUCAGAGACAAAGACAACAUCUUGGGCGUGAUAAAAAGCGUUGCCACAAACCACUCUUGCAGGGCAGUAUCAAUCACACAUCCCCAUGCUGAGACUCAGCGACGGUUGUUUGAAUCAACUCUCUUGAAAGCAGGCAUCAAUGCCAGUCAAGUUGAUUUCAUCGAGAUGCAUGGGACUGGUACUAUUGCUGGUGACAAUGCUGAGUCCCAGUCAGUAGCGGCUUGCUUCGGGAAAUCUCACACAGAGAGUAAACCGCUCUUUAUUGGCACUGUAAAGCCUAACCUUGGCCAUGGUGAGGCAGCUUCCGGUGUUACUUCUAUCAUGAAAGCCAUCAUGAUGUUACGCAAAGGUCUGAUACCAAAGCAUAUUGGUAUCAAAACCGGUAUCAACGAAAGCCUAGCUAUUCACUCCUCAGAAAGCAUCCGGAUUUCCAUGGAUACAAUACCUUUUACGACGGUUAACGAAGAUGGUAAACGACGGAUCUUGAUGAACAACUUCAAUGCCACGGGAGGUAACACAUGCAUCUUGCUCGAGGAAUUCCCCGAAAGCCGACCACACAACGGUGACCCUCGGCAAAAGCAUAUAAUUGCGAUGUCUGGAGCAACAGAACAGUCAUUGACGGAAAAUAUCCGGCGGAUGGCCCAACACUUGACAUCGAACCCUAGCACGGAUCUUGCAGACCUGUCUUACACUACCACGGCUCGUCGUACGCACCAUCGAUAUCGUCUCGUCUGGGUAGCCACCAAGACUCACGACCUGGUAGGACUCAUGGAAGGAAGCCUCAAGAGUGCCUCUCCCAAGUUGCCUACCCCUAGAUCACUGAACCCUGUAUUCGUCUUCACCGGCCAAUCCUCCCAAUAUUCAGGAAUGGGUCAAAGGUUGUACCAGACUUCAAAACCAUUCAAAGAGCAUAUAGAUUCAUUCGAGGAGAUAUGCAAGCAACUCGCACUACCAUCAUUCGUCCAGGUCAUUACUGGCAAUCCUUCAAAAGAUCAGAACUCCAAUACAACCAUAAUCUGCAGCCAGUUGGCUCUUGUUGCUCUAGAGAUUGCUCUUGCCCUACUCUGGUUAUCAUGGGGGCUCGCACCCAAAGCCAUCGUUGGCCAUAGUCUUGGGGAAUUUGCAGCGUUGUGCAUUGCUGGUGUCCUUACGAUCCGAGAUACAUUCUUCCUUGUUGGUACCCGUGCGCAUCUCGUUGCCACACGAUGUAAGUCUGAAAGCCACGCAAUGUUGGCUAUCAGAAUGCCCACGGAGCAAUUGAAAGAAAGCCUUGGGAAAAGUGGUCUGCUGGAUUGUGAGGUCGCAUGCAUCAAUGGUCCGGAGCUCACAGUUGUAAGUGGACCGACAAACCAGGUCAAUGAACUCCACCGUCAAUUUGGUUCUAGAAGCAAGUCCCUGCAGUCGCAUUUCGCUUUUCACUCGGCGCAGAUGAACAGCAUCCUUGAAGAUCUUGGUGAAGCGGCUCUCGGUGUCAAAUACUCAAGACCCAUUUUUCCCAUUGCAUCUACUCUUCUUGGCCGGCUAGUUACGAAUGAGGGCAUCUUCAAUGCCGAGUACAUACAGCGGCAGACCAGAGAGCCCGUCGACUUUCUUAACGCUAUCAACAAAUGCGUAGAAAGCUUUAAUGCUACUGACAGUAUCAUGUGGAUAGAGGUUGGUCCAGAUCUUCAGUGCCUACGAAUGAUUUCUGCUAUUACUGGGGUCAACGACUCUCAACUGGUUAUGUCAAUGGACAAGAGAGAAGAUAAUUGGACAACAAUCACAAACGGCUUGGCUAGGGUCUACACCGCGGGCGCUGACAUUGCAUGGUCCGAGUACCACAAUCCGUUUCGAAAUUCGCUGAAGAUGCUUGAUUUACCGACAUACGCUUUCGAUUUGAAGAGCUACUGGUUGCAAUACAAAGGCGAUUGGAGUAUCACGAAGAACCGAUCAAUAACAGAGUCAUCGGACACAGUUCCACCCGCUAGGUUGCAUAGUACCACGUUACAUUGUGUUCGGGAGGCACGUCAGAGCGAGGGUAGGUUGUCAAUGGAGUUCACAUCAGAUCUUGCCGACAAAGCCCUCAAUUCAAUCAUCGGCGGCCACACCGUGGGUGGUGUCGGACUGUGUCCAAGCUCCGUCUACGCAGAUAUGGCUAUGACGGCUGCAUCUCAGCUCUGGGAAUUACGACCAGUGACGUCAGGCCCCGAUCUCACCAUAGAAGUCUCGAAUUUGGAGAUUCUUAGACCUCUCAUUAUUCAAAUGCACACCACAAGCCAAGUGAUCCAUCUUUCGGCUACAUCCGACUCGAAAUCUGAUGAGGUCAGUCUUUCAAUUGAGUCCAGAGGUGGCCAGGGAAAGGAAGUACAUGCACGGUGCGUUGUUUCUCGGACGCCUACUGAGGUGCUAAAAGAGGGUUGGGAAUGCACCGCAUACCUCUUUCAAUCUCGAAUUGAAUCUUUAAUGACCGCCGCGAGCCUAGGAACAGCCCAUAAAAUUCUCCAAGGGAUGGUCUAUAAGCUUUUUUCAAGCCAGGUUAGCUACACUUUGGCAUUUCAGUGUAUGAAGGAGGUGUUCCUCGACAGUAAGGCAAUGGAAGCAGCAGCAUUGAUAGAGCUGCAGCCGACUGAGACUGACGAGCAAUUCCUCUGCAGUCCACAUUGGAUUGAUGGACUAGCGCACUUGAGUGGUUUCGUCUUGAACGGUAGCGAUACCAGCCCAGAGGAUACUGUCUUCAUCUCGGACGGAUGGAAAUGUAUGCGUAUAAUCUUGCCCUUGGAGAGUGGGAAGCGUUAUCAUACCUAUGUGCGAAUGCGCAAUGUAAAGGCAUCCCGGGCCAUGAAGGGCGAUGUAUGGAUCUUUGACGGUUGCGAAACAGUGGGCGUCUUUGAAGGCUUAAAUUUUCGUGCCAUCAAGAAAAGUAUGCUGCCAACUCUUUUGGCCAAAGAGGAACUUCCCCAGAAAGUCACGAAUUUUCAAACCGUUAAGAAGCUCCGCAAACCCGACCCUCUGGAUAGCAGUACUCUGUCCUCUUAUACAAUUAACAUCGUUGCUGAUGAGCUCGGUAUAUCCACAGAGAAAUUGCUGGACGAGAUGCGUCUGGAUGAAGUUGGCAUCGAUUCACUGCUUGCAAUUUCAAUCUCAUCCCGACUUCAACAAUCACUCCGAUUGCAUUGUCCGAGCUCUUCGAUUACAAAGUGCGAAACCAUCGGGCAGUUGAAGAAGACAGUCGAGGCUUGCUCAACGGUAUCGUCGAAUGACAAGCCGAUCCAAUCGACGCCACUCACAGGAAAAGACAUCUCUGAUCAGAGUCCACCACCGAAUAUUGUUACCAGUGUAGAGUCAGGUAGCUUUGGCAAGGAUUCCGACAUCUCCAGAAUGUUUUACAGGGUUCUCGCAGACGAGCUGGACGUUGACCUUCGGGAGUUGCAUGCUGGCCUCAUUUUCUCUGACCUUGGAGUAGACUCACUGUUGAGCCUGUCAAUUACAAGCGAGUUUGCCGCUCGAAGCAACUUUCAUCUUCCCACCAUGUUCUUCCAUGAACAUCCAACUUUAGGAAAUGCCUGCACAUUCUUGGAGCAGGCUCAGAAUCGUACACAAAUUUCGCGCGAGGGGCUGUCACCUGGUGAGCAGCCGAAAUGCAGCGGAUGCCCCCAUGUCUACCUUCAAGGUCCAACGGCUCCAAGCUCAUCUAACCUUUUCCUCUUUCCUGAUGGAUCCGGCUCUGUUGGCUCGUACGCGAACUUUCCUCGACUCUCGGCUGCUGUUUCCGUCAUUGCGUUUGGCAGCCCAUUUCAUGAUCGUCCUCGAGACUUCGUCAUCUCAAUCCAGGAACUAGCUCAGAUUUUCGUCUGCAAGAUGCUGACUCUACAGCCCGAAGGACCCUACCUUCUAGGUGGCUGGUCUAUAGGUGGCGUGUACGCAUACGAAGCCACUGCUCAGCUUCUACGACUCGGAAAGCAGGUCAAAGGACUGAUCCUCCUCGAUGCUCCAUGCCCGACCGCGCUACCUCCGUUCCCUAUUGAUAACAUUGAUGUCCUCGAAAGUCUCGGUGUAUUUGACCAAACUGAAAGGCGAGAAGCCGAUGUCCGAGUCUCCACAAACAUCCUACAGCAUUUCGCGUCUAGUAUUGGCGCUCUGGAGAAUUACGCCAUCGAACCACUUCCACACAGAAAGCCAACGCAGCCUAUUUGCAGAAUCAUCUGGGCACGCCAUGGAGUCCUAGAAGGCUUAUCAACUAGAAAGAGAGAACAAUUCCUGACUACACGCAGGCAUGAGGUGACCAAUUUCAACAAAUUUCAGAAAUGGCUGAUGGUUUCGCGCGUAGACUACACGCCCAAUGGGUGGGACAAACUCAUCAACACCAACAUCAAAUGCAGUAUAAUAGACGGUGAUCAUUUCUCGAUGAUGAGGCAUCCCAAGGCGGCUCUUCUAGUUAAGGCGAUUGAUUCUGCGCUAGCAGAUAUUUGCAAAUCGUAG